UUAGAAAUGAGAAUUAUUUAUUUAUAAUGCAUCAUUAGAUUAAUUGUUAAUGAGACAAUAAGGCUGCUCUCCUGAGUUAAGCCUUUUAAAGCCCACAAGUCACAUUAAUACUUUGGAAGUGGGAAAAAUAGUAAAAUAUAGUCUGUGAUAUAAUCAUAGUAUGUGUUAUGCGUUAUUUCUGAGAAAACUCCAAGUUCAAGUUCUCUCUAUACCUUCUCUGCUCUUUGGCCUUAGUAGCUUAGGCCUAGAAUGAUGUGAGAGAGGUGUGCGUUCGUUGUUAUGACAACCAGCAGUGCCCCUCCCACCGGUUUGUGCCAGAGCAUCACUUGCUGGAGCUGUCCAGAGAACAUGCGGGAGACGGAUAGAGUUGAAUCACUGGCUUCAGGGUCAAGUUUCUCUCGUAGCAGGCUAUAGUCUAAGCUGUCCUCAACAGGCCUACUAUACUUUGACCGGUUUGAAUGUGACAUUUGACGGUGCUGUUGCGAGAGUGCAACCAGAAAUUGCAGAAUAAAAAAGACCAAAUCCGUAUAAUUUAUGCGUAAUGAUUUACAUCAAAUAGGAACAUAUUUUGUGCAAAAACAGCGGAAUGGGUCAUUUUGACAAUCCAGAGGCGCAUCCGAGAAUGGUCCGGGAAGACACUGGCGACAGCGGGGAACGGAACGCGCACGAGUGCUUUAAAUUCGCGGAGCUCAUGGGAACAGCCAAGCCGGUAAAUACCCAUUGCCGUGAAAGCACGGACACGGACUUACAGCACGAUAGAAGUGAGGGCUGGCCACCGUUGACGGUGAAGAGACAUCAGCACAAGCACAGCCUAAAACGCCGGUACGAAGUUCUGGAGACGCUUGGCAAAGGCACGUAUGGGAAAGUGAAGAGAGCUGUAGAGAGAAAGAGCGGAAUAACGGUGGCCAUUAAAUCCAUAAGGAAGGUACGCAUAAGUGAUGAUCUGGACAGAGUCCACAUUCAGAGAGAGAUUGAGAUUGUGUCUCUCCUCACCCAUCCAAAUAUCAUACGAAUGCAUGAGGUGUUUGAGUGCCGUGAGAAGAUAGUGAUGGUGAUGGAGUAUGCCAGUGGGGGAGAGUUGUAUGACUACAUCCAGCAGAGACAACGACUGAGUGAGAUAGAGGCCCGGAACUUCUUCAGACAGAUCACCUCUGCAGUUCAUUAUUGUCACAAGAAUGGUGUGGUUCAUCGAGACCUCAAACUUGAAAACAUCCUACUAGACCAAAACCUGAAUGUAAAGCUGGUUGACUUUGGCCUGUCUAAUCACUAUGAGAGAGGGAGAAUGCUGGACACCUUCUGUGGCAGUCCGCUCUAUGCCUCCCCGGAGAUCAUCAAUGGAGUGCCCUAUCAAGGCCCUGAGGUGGACUGCUGGGCACUGGGGGUAUUGCUCUAUGCUUUGGUCCACGGAUCAAUGCCGUUUGAUGGAGCGAGCUACAGUGGCCUGACAGAACAGAUCAGACAGGGUCGCUUCCGUAGACCUCAGCCUCCAUCAGAUGCCUGUGCUCUGAUUGGCUGGAUGCUAACCGUGAGGGUGGAAGAUAGGGCAACUGUGGAAGACGUAGCCAAUCACUGGUGGGUAAACUGGGGCUUUGACGUUUCCAUUUGUGACUGCCCACCUGCCUGGUGUGUAAAACACUCCGGGUGGGACCAUGAUCCGUCGCCCUCUGCCAAGGGUUACACCACAUCCAAACGUCUACCGUCUGAGCCACACCUCAGGCUUACCUUCCCCCCGAAACGGCCUACGAGCCAGCCUCCAUGCUCCACCCUACCCAGGAAAUCCCGACUGGAUAAGCCUCUCUCUUCUCCACGAAGCCCCAUCUCUCUCAGCCCAGCAGUCUCUCCAGCUCACUGCCAAGCAGCCAAAAUGCCCAAGAAAGGCAUCCUGAAGAAACAGUAUGAGAGAGCAGCCCAAAGUGCUCCUUCAGAAAAGCAGGCUGGAUCAGCUGACAUCUCUGCUCCCCCAAGUGGUAAAGCUGCCUACAGAGGGGAAGGACAGGGGAGAGCAGAGGAAGGUAGGAGGAGGAAAGGUAUUCUCAAACGCAACGGCAAAUUCACCUCUGGUGCAAAGCCAACAGUGAUGACACCACCCUCUUCACCUCCAGCAUCGUUCCCAGAAUCCUUAGAGUGGGAUCCAGACCCAGAACUCAGGAACAGUCAGCAGAGGGACAUGGAGAACGCCCAGGAAGAGGAACUAGAGAGAUAAGGAUAGAGCAUGUCUCUCAUACUCUGACCAUCACUCACUUUUCUUGCUGUCUGUUAAUUGAUUAAAAAAUGUUUGAAUUGAAA